CACGUCUCGGGAGAAUUCGAGGCGAAGGACGAAAGAAUGAAGAAGUACAGAGACACCGCUCUAGAGUUACUUAAGAGUUUCACCGCGUAUAGUGUGGAGCAGAUUCCUCGGGCGGAGAAUGCCGAGGCGGAUAUCUUGUCGAAGCUGAGCUCAGACACGCCCGAGCACAUCAGGCGGAUGGCGAACGUGGAGGAGUUGUCCGAGCCGAGCAUCCAUGCCUUCCCCGUGGCGAUGAUCUGUGCUCGGCUAAGAGAUUGGAUGGACGACAUAGUUGCCUUCUUGAAGGAUGGCGCCCUCCCGGACGAUGCAAUAAAGGCCAAGUUGGUCCGGACUAGGGCACCUGGGUACACUUUGGAGGGCGAAAAGCUAUACAAGCGAGCAUACAACGGUACGCUGCUCAGGUGCCUCCGACCAGCUGAAGCGGAGCAAGUCGUGGAGGAGGUGCACGCGGGGAUCUGCUCCGCCCACCAAGGAGCCUACACGGUGUCAAGAAAGAUAACCCUCCAAGGAUAUUUUUGGCCAACAAUUGUUAAGGACUGUGCGGAGUUUGUGAGAAGGUGCAAGACAAUGGAACACAAUUCGAGUCCAAGCCCUUUAACGACUUCCUUGGGAGCUGGGGAAUCAANGUGGGGGGUGGACCUCGUGGGUGCGCUUCCUAGAGGUACCGGGAACGUGCGCUACGUCAUUGUAGCCAUUGACUACUUCACCAAGUGGGUGGAAGCGGCCCCAUUGGCAAGCAUCACCGGAGCUCAAUGCCAGAAGUUUCUCGCAAAGCAAGUCAUCUGCCGCUUCGGCGUUCCCGAGCACGUAAUCACAGACAAUGGAACACAAUUCGAGUCCAAGCCCUUUAACGACUUCCUUGGGAGCUGGGGAAUCAAGCACAGCUAUGCGUCGGUCGGGUACCCACAAACGAACGGCCAGGUCGAGAAUGCCAGCCGAACGAUAGUCGACGGGCUGAAACGGAAGUUGGAGGCCUGCGGAGGGGAGUGGGCAGAGGAGUUGCCGUACAUCCUAUGGACCUACCGGACCACGCCUAGAAGGGCGACCGGAGAAACCCCCUUCGCCUUAUGCUACGGGUUCGAGGCGAGGGCCCCUGCAGAGAUCUCCAUCGCGACUCACAGGGAGGAGAUCUUCGACCCCGAGCGUAACGACGAAGCCCUGGCAGCCGAGCUCCAUCUCGUGCACGAGAGACGAGAAGCGGCCUUCAUACGAGCGGAGAAUUACCGAAGGAAGGUAAAGAGCUACCAUGACGGGCGUGCGCGCGCACGGGGGUUCAUCGAAGGAGAGUGGGUGCUGCGCAAGAGGUCCGUGAGCCGCCCCCUGGAAGGUGGGAAAUUUGCCAAGAAUUACGAAGGCCCCUACAUCAUCAAAGAAGUGGUAGGCCCCUCAACAUUCCGCCUGCAGACGCCGAGCGGAGGGGAUGUGCCAAGGACUUGGAAUGCUGAGAACUUGGUUAAGUUUUAUCAAUGAAUUUCGAAUGUACACGGGCCCGAGAAAGGGAACCCGCAACACCAUGAUUGAAUUCAAUGAAGUGGGACUUUUUGCAAUGGUCUAACAUGCGUGUCCGGAUGCUCUUUCCGGACGAAAGUCUAACCUUCUUGCUCGGCACUCCCCCUCAGGAGAAGAGCCGAGCACAAGCCGUGUCUGGAUGCUCUUCCCGGAUAAAGGCCUAACCUGUGU